AUGGCGGCGGCCGCAGGAUCAGGCAUUACCCCAAUGUCCACCGUCGUCAAUGCCCUGGACAGAAUUAUCACAGAUGAGUCGCUAUCAGGUGCAGCUCUCGAGUGCUCAGUUGACAAGGUUCUUCUGACCCCUGACCCUAAACCUUUGAACGGCGAGACAUCUACGGGCGCUUGUUUCGUCUGGGAUCCAAUAUUCCAUCAGAUUCAUCAUGAGCCGUCGGGACUACCUGACGCUGCCGAUCCUGUGCAGACAAAAGGAUCUUCAACUGCUGAGAAGGGUCCCGGCAUGUUUGCGAAGCUUUGA